AUUCAAAAUUUAAUGCCUACACCAGAUAUGUGGACAAAAAUUAAGGAAAUACUUAUCUUAAUGGAACCAUUGGAAAGAGCUACAAAAUUACUGUCUGCAACAUCAUAUCCGACAAUCAUGGAUAUUCGAUUCUUAUUUAGUGGCAUUCAAGAAUAUCUUGAAGGAUAUGUGAAAGAUAGACAGGAAACCACUGAUGUAGUUAAUAAAGCUAGGGAAGUAUUUAAUCAGUAUCAUACUACAUUAACUAAUAAGCAAGCUUACAACCUGCAUAUUAAUAAAGAUGAUAUUAGUACAACAUGUAAUUACUUUAAG